UGACGCUGGAAUCUGUGAUGAGCGCAAAGGUCCGUAUUGCGUGUCGCCGAUGUCGCACAAAGAGGAUCAAGUGCGAUGGAGGCAUCCCUGCUUGCGGAAACUGUCAGAAGGCCGCUGAGGCCUGCAUCGAUGUCGACGGUCGCAACAACAGUCUCUCGAUACCCAGAGACUUCGCGGCAAAUGCCAAAGCCCGUAUCGAAUGGCUUGAACAGCACAUCAGGUCCUUGUCCCCCGACUUCAGGUUUGAGGAUGGCCCUCGAGUCGACUUCAGCUUCCUUGAUGCAGCCGGGGCUAUCAGCAACCAGACAGCUCCAUCUCCUAGCGCGCGCGACAUCAACUCCUCAAACGCUGCAUCAUCCCCUGAAUCUUGCCAUACUCUAGGCAAACGUAGUCGCGAAUCCGUAACCGACCCUGCAGGUCCCGAUGCUUUUGCAGACGAGGCACGCUCGGUAGCUCUUGACCUAGGACUUUUGACUUUGAACUCUGACUCCAGGCAAACGCACUAUCUGGGCAGUUCUUCAGGCCGUCUAUUCACAAGACUCAUUGGCGCAGGUUCUCCUGAUGCGGCCGUUGGGGCUGGUAGCAACAAAUCUCCCGGUCUGUCUUUGAUCCACAGCUCUACGAAGUUCGGGUCUUAUGCGCAUACUAAGCGUCUGAAGGAGUCUUGUCGUCUGCUGUACGACACGCUGAGGAAGAGCUUACCAGCGGAAGAUGAUGCUCGCUUGCUAUUGGAGGUAUAUUUCCGCAAUGUCCACGUCGAUCAUCCGUUCUUGCAUCCAGAUUCUCUGCUCUCAGCUGUUGAUGCCUUGUAUCAGUGCGCAACAGCCGACGCUACUGUCGAGAUAGGUCACAAUGGAUGGGCGGCCUCAGUGCGACCUUUCGCCUAUAACGGCGAAUACGAAAGAUCGAGAAACGUUGACUGCACGCCGAUAACUGUGUUCACGGCGACGUUCCACGCAUUCAUGGUCUUCACGCUUGCAGCAACAGUUCGCACACGUCAACGAGCAUAUGACUUCGCGCCAAAUCAGUUUUAUCGAGUUGCAAUGACUGCAGACCAACAUUGCUUUUCGACCACAUCACUUGCAAGUCUGCAGGCCACUUUGCUGUUGGCAGUGCACAGUCUGCUCAGUCCGACCGAGCUCAAUGUAUGGACGCUGACGUACGUGUCUAUGGCACACUGUGUGGAUCUUGGCCUUCACCGCAGUAUCAGCAACGACCGUGGUCUAUCCCGUACGGCCAUACUCACUCGCAAGCUGCUCUUCUUCAGUGUUUAUCAUCUAGACAGAUCCAUUGCAUCUAUACAAGGGCGGCCCCUUGGCAUUCGCGACGAGACUUUUGAUCUACAAUUGCCUACUUUGGCGGAUAUCCAAGCCGACACAACAAAUAUUAGUGACCACCUAUUCUCACCAGCUGUGUCGCCAAUCGGUGGCGCUGCUUUUGCUAUUCAUCGGUUCAAACUGGAUCCGAUUAUAUCAGAGAUCAAGCUCUUGUUCUACCACUUGCCGUCUCGAGUCAGUGCGUACGUCUGGCCAAGCGACGAACAAUCAUCGCAAGCUAUCAUCGGUCAAAAACUUGAAGAUUGGCGCAAUAUGCUGAAUAACAUCACCGGCUCCUCGCAGUAUGAUGAUGAAGAGCGGCUGGAGCAGGAAAAGUACAAGCUCAAGCUUACGAGUCAGUACUAUGCAGUAAUGGUCCUCUUGCACCAGCCUUCGCAGGCUAUCCCUCAACCUUCGGAGCAGUCUAUUUUAACAUGCUACAGAUGUGCUGCUAAAAGACUCAAUAUAUACAACCAUCUUUAUCAGCUCGACAGUUACUUUCAGAGUUGGAGGAGUGUUCAGGGCAUCUUUUCGUCUGGUGCGACAAUGAUUUACUGCCUUUGGUCCUCCAGUCUUGUUCGACGCACGAUCCCAACAUCUGCGGCUAUGCGAGACCUGAGAACUUGUACCAACCUGCUGAGCGUUGGCGGCGAAUUUUGGCCAUCGGUCAAAAAGGGAAAGGAGAGUUUUAGCAGGGCCAUGGACGCUCUUGCACGCAAACUUGAUCAGCUACACCACGAGCAACCCCAGCAAUAUGGGUCUGCGAAUGGGUCACAGCCGAAGUUCGGACGCAAUGAUACAGGACGGGUUGUCUUGCAGGAUCAACAGAUCUAUCAUCUACCAGAAGGUCUGGUCGCGGAAGAUCACCCACACACGAUCACACAUGGACACGAGGAAUCCUUGAACUUUCCGCCAGCAACCUUCGAUAUGACCAGUUCCGACUGGACGGCUUUCAGUGAUCAUACAUUCGCGCAUGAUGUCUCAACUUACCCAAAUACGACGUUUGGCACGAUGCAAGAAGCUCCCGACGCUACUGUGGAGGCUUUCAUAACCGAGUUCUUGAACAACGAUACAGCAUGGAACCCAUUCUAGUAUGUAUCUACUGACGGAGCCUGUUGAUGUUUGGUCCGAUAUCUUCGCCAUCUGUUAUACACUGUCUUGUCGCUUCGUCAAUGUUCCACCUCGAAACACAAAGCUUCACGCAUUCUUCCGCUAAAUGCGGUGGAAUUGCUACCACACCAUCAGCAUC